CACAAACACAAUUCUCAUCUAUGGAACACCAAAUGAAUCUGCUUACAAGCUUCGGUUUGCUGUUCAUCAUAUCCGCAGGGUUCUUCAGGUCAUGUUAUGGCUACACGUUCCAUGUUGGUGGCAAAAAUGGUUGGGUUAUUGAUCCUCGUGAGAGCUACAACCAUUGGGCUGAAAGAAACCGCUUUCAAGUCAAUGACACACUUGUUUUCAAGUACAAGAAAGGGAUGGAUUCGGUUUUGGUCGUAAACGAAGAGGCUUACCACAACUGCAACAAAACUGACCCCAAAGAAACCCUAAACGAUGGUUACUCCGCCUUCAUAUUUACAAGAUCAGGUCCCUUCUUUUUCAUCAGCGGCCACGACGGUAAAUGCGAGAACGGUGAAAAGUUGUGGAUCGUUGUCAUGGCGGUGAGUCACCGGACUCACAUCGUGCACUCCACUGCCGCUCCUCCCACACCAGCAUCGGCCACCCUCCCCCCAACAACACCGGCUCCUCCCAAAACAGCAUCGGCUCCGAUGCCAUCAGCCAUGCUACAAGGUACUGAUAAACCGAAAAUGCACGCACCGGCUCUGGCGACUUCAGGCGUGGCAUCUACUGCUUUUGGGGGUUGGGUUGGUUUGAUUUUAGGUUUGGGUUUGGUUUUAGGGUUUUAGAAUUUUAGGAUUUUGGGUAUGGGCUCGAGG